UGGACUGCUAGAUUCCAUCCUGCUAUUAAGAAGAUGAAGGAUAUCAUUGAUGAAGGAUCUCUAGGGGAGAUCACAAAGAUGUACGCUCAUUUUGGUCUCUGGGGAAAUGUAAUGUUCAAGAAGGACGACAUCCGAUACGACUACAAACUGGGAGGUGGUGCCUUAAUGGAUCUCGGUCCGUACCCGAUCAACUACAUGCGUUUCCUAUCCGCUUCAGAACCGACUGUCCAAUCUGCGGAAGCUAUAUGUCGCUCGGAGAACGUCGAUCGCCGCAUGGAAACAGAAAUGUUGUUUCGCGAUUCUAUUCCGGCCACUGUGAUUGUCGACUUGUCGUUAGACGGCUGGGGGCCCUUUAAGCUCCUCCCCCAGUGGGUAAAGAUCGCACUGCGGGUCGAAUGUGAGAAGGGAUCCGUGGAGAUUUGGAACUACCCCCUGCCCUCCUUAUGGCACUCGAUCACAGUUAAGACCCAGGACGGGAGGCGUCGCGUGGAGAAGGUCUACAAGCCUACGCAGGGCAAGGGGGAAGAAUGGUGGUCCGCGUAUCGCUAUCAAUUGGAAUCGUUCGUGGACAAGCUCCGAGGGCGUAGCCCGGUCGCGUGGAGGACCGCCGAGGACUCAAUCAACGAGAUGCGUGUCAUCGAUGCUGUUUAUGCAAAGAGUGGCUUGGCUUUGCGCCCUACCUCCUCCUUUGGAGCUUAG